UUUGCUGGAGGUACCUGCCUGUAAGGAGUCCUGCUUUGUCACCAUGGAAGCUUGGCUGGGCAGCCUCUUAUUCCUUGCUACCAUGGUGAUAGCAUCCAAAGCAGUAUGUUCUAUUGAAAAUCGUGAGAUAUUUCCAAAUCAAAUGUCUGAUGACUGCAUGGAUGCUGAUGGUAACAAGCAUUUCCUCAACACUCCCUGGAAGAAGAACUGCACGUGGUGUUCAUGUGACAAAACCUCAAUCACCUGCUGUACCAACGCUACUAAGCCUUUGAGCUAUGACAAAGACAACUGUGUCGUACAAUUCCACUCAGAGAACUGCACCUACAGUGUGGUGGAUCGGAAGAACCCAGGAAAGACCUGUCGAGUUGACAGCUGGACAGUGUAAAUGUGCUUCGUGUGGGCCCAAAAGUGGAGCAACAUUUGAACCUUAUAUGAUUUAAAUUUACCAAUCAUAUGCUUGCAAGGAGGUGGCCUGUAAUCCCAGCACUCGGAAGGCAGAGGCAGCAUAUCUUGAAAAACUCAAAUAAAUAAAAAAACAAAUAAGUAAACAAGUUUGCCAACCAUAUUUGUAUUAACUUAAUGCAUGUUAUACAACCAAACAAAUCAACCCAACAAUACCAGGUACCAGUUACAGCAUCUUUCCUGAGC